ACAAAAUGAGAAGCAUCAUCUCCAAACCGAUAAAGAUUCCACUUUCCAAUCACGAUUUGUUUUUUCCCUCAACGACGGCGACCAUGGUGAUUUCAUCUGCAACUCUAUCCUUCACUUCUUCCAUUCCAAGACCUCCUCCAUCUCUUUCUUCUCCAUUUUCCUGCUCUAAAUCCGCCUUCUUCGCCAACAAUGCCACCGCCAAUUUCUUCACCAACGGCGACCUUAACCAUUUUUCGCUACUGCGUACGAGCCGGUUCAGAACCACGACCUAUACACCUCAUAAGGGUCUCACUUGUAACGCUUUGUUUGGACUUGGAGUGCCUGAACUUGUUGUAAUCGCCGGUGUUGCAGCUUUGGUUUUUGGCCCUAAGAAGUUGCCCGAAGUUGGGAAGAGUAUUGGGAAAACGGUGAAGAGCUUCCAACAGGCGGCUAAGGAGUUCGAGUCUGAGCUGAAGAAAGAACCCGAGUCAAUUGAAGAGACUGCAGUAGAAAAGCCUACAUCAGCGGAAGAGGAGGAGAGACAAGAUUUGAAGGUAUCAAACCAAAAAGAGACUGUAUGAAGCGGUAGAGAUAGUCCAUCGUUUUCAUGUCCACAUUUAUCAUUGUUCUUUAUGUAUUAUGAGAAUCUGUUACUGGAAUCUGAAGAUCACUUAAUGAAGAAAAUUAGUUUUCCA